AGAAUACACUAACGCAGCAUCUCUUAUAAUUGCGGUCACGAAGUAAUUAAGGAAAACCCACAUCCGAGCUGUGAUUACAGAUGGAAGAUCACAGAUUCACUCGCGGGAUCAUAAUCGAUUGCUGCCUGCGCUGAGCACAAAGGAAGAGACGAGGCUCCUCCAUCCCUCAUUCAGCUGAAAGAAUCCACCGGAGCAGAUUAAUACAGACUUGUGUCUGGUGCCCCUGUUUUUUUGCACAAAGGCUGCCCCGAAACAGAACGCAGUGGUAUUUAAUGAGCUGUGAGAUGAGGCCUUGCUGCUAACAGCCAGUGGAGAAAGGAUUAAUCGUCCAUUCAUCUGGCUUGAUGUACAUGUUUCUAAGCAGUCCUCUGAGGAGAGCCUACCACGGAAUCCAAAACGGCUGCUGGGGAGAGACCAUCAAACAUGCCUACAGAAACACUACAGACAGAUAGCAUGGUCAAGCCUGCUGGCCAAGCUACCUCCUUUGCGUCUGCGGUUCCUCUCCGCAUACUGAACAAAGGGCCAGAUUAUUUCCGCAGACAGGCAGAGCCCAACCCCAAGAGACUGAGCGCGGUGGAGAGGCUGGAAGCUGACAAGGCCAAAUAUGUGAAAAGUCAGGAGGUGAUCAAUGCAAAGCAGGAGCCGGUGAAGCCGGCGGUGUUGCCCAAGCCGCCCGUGUGCCCAGUCACGAAGAGGGCGGGGAGCAGCCCAGCCCUCAAGGCCUCGAACAACAACUCCAAGUCGGACACCUGCGUGAAGAGAGAGAACCUGAACCUGGAGAUCCUGAAGAACAUUCUCAAUAGCUCGGAGGGCUCGUCCACGGGGACGGCGCACAAGCACAGCACCAGGAGCUGGACGCCCCAGCGCUCCGAGUCCACCGAGCUCAACCGCCGCUCCUUUGCCGAGUCUCUGAAGGUGUACCCCACCCAGGGUCACUCCAGCCCCCAGGGGAGCAACCUCAACAUCAGCAAGCGGCUCUUCGAGGAGCAGUCGAGCGAUUCAUCCCUGCACGUUUCCCACAGCUCCUCGGACAUUAGGAGAAUAUGCAACGGCAAGUCCCUGAGGGCAACCCCCAGCAGCAGCUCCGCGCCGCCCCUGCCGCCUAAGCCCAACGUCCCGGCCAGCAACGCGCUCAAGUCCCCUGAGGCGGAGGUGGCGGAGCCCGGCAGCACCGUGAGCAGGAGGCCCUCCCUGCACAGGUCCAAGUCCGAUCUGAGCGACCGGUACGCCCGCGCCGACGCCGACGUCGAACGGUUUUUUAAUUACUGCGGACUCGAUCCUGAAGAACUUGAAAACUUUGGCGUGGAGAACUUCACCCGGGCGAACUCGGACAUCAUCUCGCUCAACUUCCGCAGCGCGAGCAUGAGAAGCUCGGACUGCGAUCAGUCACGGCACAGCAAGGACGACCUGAUGGACGACGAGGACGCUGACGAACGGGUGCCCUACGGCAUUUCCGCCGUAGAGCGGAACGCCAGAGUCAUCAAAUGGCUCUACAGCAUCAAGCAGGCCAGAGAGUCUCAGAAAGUUUCUCAUGUUUGAGAAAAGACACACUUUUUUUUUUCUUUGUAUGUUUAUGAUUUUGAAAGCUGUGUACUGUCUGUGAAUCUAGAGUUGGUGGUGAGUUCACAGCCUCCCCAGUUGCUUUGCGUUCAGUGUGCAAUGUCUUCAGAAUCUGCAUGCUUCUCGACAUGCAACUUGACUUGGCCUCCAGAUGCAAAUGUAAGCAAAACAACAUGUUAAAGACGGCUGCCAUUGUAGGCCCUCUGCCUUAGAGUACAGUAUUUUGCUUAUAUCAAUCAAACAAACAUUACGAUGUCAGCUCCUCUGGGUGCGUUGUUCAAUGUUACUCCAUUAUUUGUGGAAUUCAGCAUACUGAGCCUGUGUGAGUCAUGUAUCCAUAUCAGUGUGAAUGCAAAGAUACAGUGUUACAAUCAGUAGUUAUACUUUUUAAUGUGUAUGGAUGCAGUCAUACUGUAUGUAUAUAAACCCUUGGGCUGUAGAAGCAUGUUACAGUCCAGGUUAGGUGUACUCUUGGAGACAUGUUGCUUUCUCAUUAAGCUGUCCGGUUUUGCACUGGUGAUGUGGUGCAAACAGUAUUGUAAUACCAUGAGCAUUUCCGUGAUUCGCUUCCAUCUGGUUCAUCCUCUCUACUGUUCUCAUCAACAGUUGAUUUUGUGGUACUAAGGAAUGGAAGUGAGUUCAGUGCUUGACCUCAUAACUUGUAAUUUGUGUGUCAGAUACACGGCAGAACUGCUCUACUUCAUUGGCGAUUAUUAACUUUUUUAUUGUGUAAAUGCUGUAAGGAUAUGUAUAUAACUUCUAAGUUGUUACCAAAUCUGUAAAGAGGAGUCUGCUAUGCUAAUAAAUAGCUUUUGGCGCAUUUACUCUUUGCUUUGUUCUUGCACUGCAAGAGUAUGUUUGAUACUCUGUUCACAAUAUAUGUAAAAGAAAAAAAUCUUUUAAACAUAAUUAUUACAAUUGCGUUCAGUAUUUUCACUCCAGGAAUCAGCAACAUUUUAAAAUGUGUUCACAUUCAUUUGUUUUGCAAUAAUUCAGCCAAUUUCACCAUCUGUCCAAGAAGUACAAGGUCAGCUGAGUACUAUUUCAUUGAAAGUGUAUGGAGUGUGGUGAAACAAUGUGGCCUUAUUGUCUUGGAGGUGUUUAUAGGAGUAAAGGUUACAGAGAUUGGCACAGUGCUGAUAUUAGAAUCAGUGGCUGUUGAGAUGCAAUAACCAUAACCGUCAAGAGGAGAGUACUGCGAGUUAUGGUCCACCUGCUCACAAAUGCACUGUCUAUUGAGACUGAAGGAAUUAAGUUUACUUUUAACAGUAAGUCAGACUCCAAAUAUAGCACUGUGACUAAUACGAAUAUCCCGAUUGAAGCAUGUGCUUUUUUUUUCAAGUGUAUUUUGACAUAUUCUCCCAAACAAAUGCCAGUCGAUAAUGCUGAUAUGAAUUUUUGAUGAAGUGCUACUCAGUAGAUCUGUGAUUGAUCUGGGAGUGGAGGCAAUCCAUGCAACAGCACACUCUUUUAGAAAACAGUGCUGAGAAGUAACUCCAAGCUCUCAGAGGGAGUAGGAAAGUUAAGAACUGUGUUAUGCAUCAAAAUUCAGCAAAAAUGCAAAGUAAGCUAAAAUUCUUUUCUAAUAAUAUAAGAUGAACUUUUCUUGUAGAAAGAAAGCGUGUAAUAUUUUGGGCAUUUUUUAUAAAGAAGCUGGCCUCCAGACUGGUUAAAACUCCCCAUAGUAUAAAUUGGCAGUACCAUUUACAUACAUCUCAACAAGCUGCUCAGGUAGGACAUGAAUCGAUUCAUUUCUUUUUGAGCGUUUCUGAAUGUUGAUCCCUGCCUCUUAAUAUUGAAGGAAAGAAACAUUGUGGCUUGAGGAACAAAAGAA